AUCUGAGCAGAAAAGUACCUGGCAGGAAGGUAGGGGCGCCUGCUGUCUCUCAAAGAUGUCGCCUUUCUGUUCUUGAUUGCCUGGGUUUUUGGCUUCCUGGUUUUCUACUCGAUCAAGUGAGGGCCUGAUGAGGAAAGAUCUGGGAGUUUCGGAGGGGGGAAAGAUUGGGGGAAUUCUGCAAAAACCGAGUCGCCAGCGGGAUUGAAGGCAAUCUCAAUGCAUCGCUGCGAAAAAUUGAAGCUGAUCGAGCGAAAGUAGCAAUUGCCCCAUCUUGAUGACUCAACCACGUCUGUAAGGUACUUGGAGAGCACGCUGCUGCGGCAUUGAGAAGGUGAUUGCAUCAUUCUGUUCAGUAACUCUGUGUCCCAGCUGUCAGAAUGGGGGUCAUGGAAGGCGUGGGAUGGAAGCGGAUGCGGAGCCACUCUGCCUUUCUGGCGGUUAUUCUGCUCGCUUCCGUCUCCCUGCGCUUCGCCUUUCAGACCUGCCAUUUGAAUACAAUGGGGUUCCAAGCCCCUAGAGACAUGGGGGCAAUGAGGGGCCUAGCCAGCAGUUUUCUUGGUCGGAGCAGGAGCCGGGAUACCACAAUUCCCAUCUUCUUCUAUAUCACCGAAAUGAAAGCGAGCGCCCUGGUGUUUCUCAACAUCACCGCGACGUUCAAUCCCGACACGCCCCUCUACAUGCUCACAAGCAAUGCAACCCCCCCAAAAGGAGAGAUCUUGAGUAGCUUGAAGCAGCUGGGAGUGAAGGUGCGAUACGUCGAGCACUACAUUCACCCCGGGUCCGACAUCGAAGUCUUCCGCAAGCAUUACAUUCAUCGAGCGGUCAACCCGCUCUGGUAUGAGAGGAUGUGCUUCGAGCGGUUCUUUAUCCUCAAAGAAGUCGCUUUGCUGGAAGGGAUAGACAGGAUGGCGUACUCGGAUGCUGACAUCGCACUCUUCAUGGACGUACACGACACGCCGUUCGCCAAGUUCCGCUCCGGGUUUGUGAGCAUCACGCAGUGGUCGACCUACUUUGGCCUCUGGCGCUUCGAGACGCUGCAGGAGUUCUGCCAGUACAUGCUGUGGUUCUAUCAGAGGCCCGAGUCGGAGGUCGACGACACGAUUCACCAGUACGGCGACUACAUCCUGUACCCCCGGGACGCGGACCCAAAGAACCAGAGCAACUACGUGUGGCAGUUCAGCGACAUGUUCAUGCUCUCGGCGUUCCUGCAAUCGCAAAACGUGAGCAAGACGACGCUCCUGGACAACGAGGACGCGAUGAAGUCGUUGGUGGCGCUAGAGAACCCCAACCGGUUACGGCCGCCAGGAGACGAGUCCUUCAUAUGCGAAAGCGGGGCGCAUUUCGACUCGUAUCUAGACUGGCGGAUGACGCCCCGUGGCGUUUUGGGGCCCUACCAUAACGGCACUCUGUUGGCAGGAAUACACUUCCAGGGGCCCUGCAAAGAUAAGGUAGUCCCUCACGUAUUUCAAAAGCUGUUUCCGGGCUCCGCCCCAGAGAGGUGGCAAUGGAGACGAUGAUAGUACAGCUGUCACAAGGUGAACCGUCGGUUGCGUCAGUCAAGGACUCAUGCGGAGUCCAUAGCUAGCAGGCAAGCAUAACUUGGUUGCAUUCUGCGCGCCUCCGUUCGUGGCUUUCAAACGACGCGUACGGGACAAGAUGAGGUCCAUGUAUGACACCUUAUAGGCGUUUGCAUACAGGGAAUAGAUGUUGCGAUUGCGAAAUGAUGUAGUCCCUUAUGUACGCCUUCGAGACGUUGAGGCUUACUUCAUCGAAGAACAUGUUUAUCUUAGCGGCGCACGCAGGUUCAGUAAC